AACUUCGCCGAGUUCUCCAAGAAGUGCUCCGAGAGAUGGAAGACCAUGUCUGCUAAGGAAAAGUCUAAGUUCGAAGAUUUGGCCAAGAGCGACAAAGCUCGGUAUGAUAGGGAGAUGAAGAAUUACGUUCCUCCCAAAGGUGAUAAGAAAGGAAAGAAAAAGGAUCCUAAUGCUCCAAAAAGACCACCGUCUGCCUUCUUCCUGUUUUGCUCUGAACAUCGCCCAAAGAUCAAAAGUGAACACCCAGGCCUGUCUAUUGGAGAUACUGCAAAAAAAUUGGGUGAGAUGUGGUCUGAACAGUCUGCCAAAGAUAAACAACCCUAUGAGCAGAAGGCAGCUAAACUAAAGGAGAAAUAUGAAAAGGAUAUUGCUGCAUACCGUGCCAAGGGCAAAAGCGAAGUAGGAAAGAAGGGUCCUGGUAGGCCAACAGGCUCAAAGAAGAAGAAUGAACCAGAAGAUGAGGAAGAGGAGGAGGAGGAAGAAGAUGAAGAUGAUGAGGAAGAAGAUGAGGAUGAAGAAUAAAUGGCUGUCCUAAAAUGUGUGGAGUGUAUGUGCUCAGGCGACUUAUUUUGCUAAGAAUGUGAAAUUCAAGUGCAGCUCAACAUUAGCUUCAGUAUAAAAACUGUACAGAUUUUUUGUAUAGCUGAUGAGAUUCUUUGUAGAGAAAA